CUUUUUGGAAGCUUAUGAAAAAGCCUUAGAAGCUGAAGAAAUGUUGAAAAAGAUUGCCAAACAACAUGACUUUCGGCUUCGUGUGCUGAAUUCCUUGGUCCAUUACAGAAUAAUUAUCAGACAAUUACAUCUGACGACAGCUGAAACAACAACGGCUCGAUUUGUGAAGUCUGCUGAAGAUUUUGUUGAUUGCAUGUUAGAACUUGUAAGCAGUAUACAACUGACUGAUGAUGGCCACCAUUAUGUGAUGACAGCAUACGAACAUGCAAUGCUUUUAAAUUGGGGGAACUCUCGAGAAAAGUUUAAGCAGUACAAAAAUGAAUACUUGGUAUUUGUUUCAGCGAACGGUUGGGUUCGAGAUUUGAUGUUUUCUGAAAAAGAUGAACUUGCUUUGGCCUCCAAACACAAAAGUGUUUACUUUUACAUCAGAAAUACAGAAUAUAAAGAUCUUGAUCUUGAAACAUUCAUCAGUUAUAUGACACAUGCAUGUCCACAUUGUCAAGAGGUCAACCAGGUUUAUAGUGCAAACAUGUGGCAAGAGGAGGUGAGAUAUUUAAUACAUCAACGCCAGUAAAAUUAGUUUGCAGAGACAGGAAUUUUCCCCCACAAAAUUUGUAAGCCAGACAAAAUUCCUAAGAAUAUAUUAAUUUAGAGCUAAGACUUUGGAAAAUAUCUAAUAGAACCAAGACAUUGACAAUGAUUCUUUUAUUAUUUACAUCUGUUUUUAUUAUAAUUUCAUUGUCAUGCUGGGAAUGAAAUAUAGCAAUAUCAACAUUAUAGAAGUGAGCUAAAAUAGAAUCAUGUAAUGGGGAAGGAAAAAUUAUUAGUCACUUAACUUGUCUAUUUUUUAAAAAAAAAAGAUUCUUUGUGAAGUUUAUUUGCCAGAAUCCCAUAGCGGCCCACUUUUAGUUUAUCCAAUUCAUGUUGUUAUCUUGAUUCUAGAAGAGUUUACAAACAAAUAUAUUCGUGUUCAGGGUGUAGCUUGUAUUUAAAUCUUUGUUUCACCCGAAUCCUACCUAGAUUGACGCACCUAUAUCUUAUUUUGAUUAACACAAAUUGAUCUUACUAGCAUGAAACAUCGAUAUCUUGCCUAGAUUGCCACACUUCCAACACUGCCAUAAUUGGAUCUUACCUAGUUUGUAAAAAAAUCAACACACAACAAGAUUAAGCAAGUCAGCUAGUAUAAAGUCAAAAUUAAAUUCCCCAUCGCUCAUUCCCGCUUUAGGUGUGAGGGUAAAAAGUUUAUGCAUAGAGAUGAAAUGUCCAUAAUUUACUUUGAGGAUUUCUAACUAAAUUUAUUUUUUGAGAUACACUGGAUCUCCAAUAAUAUCUUGUUACAUACUUGUUCUGCCAUACAUGAAGCUAAUGUGUUGACAUGUGAAGACUUAACAGUCGUGAAUAGAAGGAUCUUGUUUGUCAAUAUUUGAUCAAAUAACCUGUCUCUCUCUCUCUCCCCCCCCCCAAGAAACAGCAAAUGAAUGAACUUAACAUCUUGUUAGAUUAGAGAAGUGAAAUUGAAAAUUGUGAUUACUCCAGGGCAAGUGUUGUACCACAAGUGCUGUACCAAGUGUUUUACCAAGAAAUUUAGGGUGAUAAAGACAACAGGGCAAAAUCAAAAUGCAAGGGUGCAUUUUGGUGCAUAUUUGAAUUUGUUGUAUCUUUCAGACACUUUUGAGGGGACAUUUCAAACUUUCCGGUGGGUAGUACCAACAUUGUUAUAAUAAAAAAGGGGUGUACCGAGUGUUGCACCAAGCUUUGUACCAAGUAAUGUAUCAAGUGUCGUA